GAAAAGCCAUAUCGAAAAGAAAAAAAAAAAAUCCAUUUUUUUAUCUGCUCGGGAACAGCGACACAACACCCUAAACAGACAUCGUGUUCUGUCUGAAAUCUCCCCCAAAUCCGUCACUUCAGCAGACCAUCCAAAGAAUGGAAACCAGAGAACCAGAGGUCAUCAGAGACAAAGAAGCGAUGAGAAGAUGGUCAAGAGGCAUGAGAUCUCAAGGGAAGACCAUCGGUUUGGUCCCCACAAUGGGCUUCCUCCACGACGGCCACUUGUCCCUCGUCCGUCAAUCCCUUACACUCUCCGACGUCACCGUCGUCUCAAUCUACGUCAACCCAGGCCAGUUCUCCCCCACCGAGGAUCUCUCCACUUACCCUUCCGAUUUCUCCGGCGACCUCGCAAAACUCGCCGCCGUUUCCUCCUCCGGUUCUGUAAUCGCCGUGUUCAACCCGAAAAACCUCUACGACUACGACGGCGGGAGGAAUAAGAAGACAAUCAGCGGCGACGGAAGAGGUGGAGGGAAGGUGGUGAGCUGUGUGGAGGAAGGUGGGUUAGGGCACGAGACGUGGGUUAGAGUAGAGAGCUUGGAGAAAGGUUUGUGUGGGAAGAGCAGGCCUGUCUUCUUCAGAGGUGUAGCCACUAUUGUUACUAAGCUUUUCAAUAUCGUUGAGCCUGACGUUGCUAUGUUUGGCAAAAAGGAUUAUCAGCAGUGGCGGCUUAUCAAGAGAAUGGUUCGAGAUCUUGAUUUUGGGAUUGAGAUAGUUGGAUCGGAUAUAGCUAGAGAGAAGGAUGGGCUUGCUAUGAGUUCUAGGAAUGUUCAUCUUUCAGCUGAAGAUAGGCAAAGGGCGUUGUCUAUAAGUAGGUCACUGGCCAUGGCUAAAGCUUCUGCAGAACAAGGGCAAACCAGUUGUAAAGAGCUUAAGAAUAUGAUCAUUUCAGAGCUUGUUGGAGCUGCAGGAAGAAUCGACUAUGUCGAGAUUGUUGAUCAAGAAACUCUUCAAGGAGUAGAAGAUAUAAAGAGUGGAGUAGUGGUUUGUGUUGCUGCCUGGUUUGGGACGGUUAGGCUCAUAGACAACAUUGAGAUCAAUGUCACUGUCUAGUUCCCACUUUCCGCAUCCAUCUCUGGUUCGUUGAAAGGAGCUUCUAAGCUUUGUUGAAUGUGAUUGACAAUUAUGCAUCUCAAGCCUUGGGAGAAUCAACAUAAACUAGCAGCUUUACAAUAUUUGUCCGAAAGAGACAGAGGUUGCAAAGACAAACGACAUAUGACUCGUAAUGUCUAUCCAUUGUAACCUCCUUUUUAAACUCAAACCUCAAGUGUCGGAGUUUUGAUUUUGUUAUUCUCCUAAUACAGAGUUUCAUUUU